UGGUAAUCUUGUGUUAUUUUCAAUGUGACGUUUUAAUGACUCAAAAUAACGUGACAAUAUUGUGAAGUGGGAAUUAGUAAGAAUUACGUAUAGUGAAAUUGAGAAUUGACGGAAAGAUGAGUGACAAACCGGAAGAGGCGGCAAAAUUGAUUGAAUGUCCAAUAUGCUCUAAAGAGUUUUCUACAUCUAGUAUUGAAAAUCACGUAAGCAAAUGUCUUUUUCUGAAUGAAUCGUCGAAUGCUUCUCAAAGUGCUACAAAAAGGUCACCAUCCUUAAAAAGUAGUCCUGUUGCCAAAAAAUUGAAAGUACAAACAGAGAGUCACAAUAUUUUUAAAACAAUUACCAAGCAAGGUUCAACUUUGAAACCAGAAUCAUCUGAGCCAAAGGUUUUAGAAUCCACUUUGAACAAUACACAAAACUUUAGAAAUGACCAAGAAAAUAAAAUUGAUCAAAAAGAUUUCAUUCCCUUAGCUGAAAAAAUGAGACCUACAAGUUUACUUUCAUAUAUUGGACAAAGGCACAUACUUGGACCUGAAAGUAUGUUAUAUCAAUUAUUAACAAGAAAUGAAAUACCAAAUAUUAUUUUGUGGGGUCCUCCUGGUUGUGGAAAAACAUCAUUGGCUAAUGUUAUAGCCAAUGUCUGUAAACACUCACCAAAAAGUAUGCAUCGUUUUAUCAAACUAUCAGCUACCACAUCUGGUAUAAAUGAAGUAAAAGAGGCUAUAACAAUAGCAUCCAAUGAACUGAAGUUUAAACGCUAUACAGUAAUGUUUAUUGAUGAAAUUCAUAGGUUCAAUAAAAUACAACAAGAUACUUUUCUACCUCAUGUUGAAGCAGGUACAAUCACUUUGAUUGGUGCCACCACUGAAAAUCCAUCUUAUAGUUUGAAUGCUGCACUUUUGAGUAGAUGUAAAGUUAUAGUUUUAAAUAAGCUCAGUAUAGAAAAUUUGGAAGAUAUUUUGAUAAAUGCUGUGAAAAGUUUAGAUGGAUCACUGAGUGAAAUGAGACAUAGAAAUAUAACUUCUAUUGAUGACACUCAAGUUCAGAAAAAAUUUUUAAUAGACAAAAGUACUAUAACUUGGUUAGCAGAGACAUCAGAUGGAGAUGCUAGAAUUGCUCUUGGAGGUUUGGAGUUAGCAAUACAGUCAAAAGUGCCAAAAAAUUUUUCAGAUGUUGGAAUUAUUCAUAUCUCAUUAGAUGACAUAAAAGACAGCUUGAAAAAGACACAUAUGCUGUAUGAUAAAAAAGGAGAUCAACACUAUGACUUAAUUUCAGCACUUCAUAAAUCUAUCAGAGCAAGCAAUGAUAAUGCUGCAUUGUAUUGGUUGGCAAGAAUGUUGUCAGGAGGUGAAGAUCCUGUUUAUAUUGCUAGACGUUUAGUUCGCGCGUCGAGCGAAGAUAUUGGGUUGGCAGAUCCUAAAGCUUUAAACAUGGCGGUGAAUACGAUGCGAGCUUGCAAAGAAUUGAAAUCAGCUUCUUGCCAUGUACUUUUGGCGCAGUUAGCAAUUUAUUUAGCUAGAGCUCCAAAAUCUCGUGAAAUGGAUGAUUCAAUUAAUGCUGCUAAAAGUUUUGUUGCAAGCUACAAAGAUAAGCAGCCUCCUGUUCCUAUUAAUUUAAGAAUGCCUCCUAAUCAGACAAAACCUGGUAAUGAAAUUGGAGAAAAUCUAACAUACUGGCCUAAUGGAAUUUUAGGUGUGGAUUUUUGUUAAGAAUAAUUCAAUAUUAGGCAGGAAGUAUUUAUUUUUUGAAGACGAAAUCCAAAAAUAAAAAAGAAAGUAUAGACUACUUAUAAAUUAAAGAAACUAGUUUGUGGGAAUAAAAUACAACCAUUAUACAUACAUACUUUUUUUGGCAUUCAAACGAGUAUUAAUAAAUAAAUUACAACACGGUAAUAGUACAAGUAUUACACAGUGACAAAAUAUUUUUUUGUUUUCUAAGGUUUCUGUGUUGUUUGUCAAGUUUAUGAAAUAUAGCUUAAAACUUACGUUGAUUGCGAUAAUUGAAAAAU